AUGAAAGCCGGGAGCAACGAGAGCAGUAAGAAGCUCGUGAGCGGAUGGGCGCUCGCGGUGUGGCUCCUGCUCCCUCUCGUCGUCCUCGUCGUGCUCAAGACCGAUUGCCUGCCGCAGGUUACAGUUCGACAACUCUUUGCACAGUUCAGCUUCACCCAACCUGCAGGAGAUGGAUCGGUUAACAAGGUUCCGUCUUCAGGCACAGAGAAUGCAACGCAGCAAGAAGCAGUUGGCGUAGCCAGGUUAAAAGCCGCGCAUGAUCCGGUCGUCGGAGCGCCACCUCCCACCGCAUUAAGUAACGAGACGGCCGCCGGCGGCGCCGAUGCCAACGGAGAUCUCAAAAAUCAAACGGAGUUGCUUGCCAUGAACGGUGAGAGAGACGGUUUUGGGGUAAAUUCAGAUGUGGCAGCGCCAAGAAGCAGGUUGAGUUGCAACUUCAGCUUUUAUCGCAUGAACAUCUGCGCCAUGGAAGGCGAUGUCCGUACGCACGGCAAGGCCGGCACCGUCUACGUGGUCUCGGCGUCCGACGACAGCUACCGGCCGGAGAACGGGACGGUCACGAUCCGCCCGUACCCGCGCAAGUGGGAGAAGCCGACGAUGCAGCUGGCCCGAGAGGUGACCAUCCGCUCGAGCGGCCCGGGUGCCGCGGACACGGCCCCGCCACGGUGCACGGUGACGCACGACGUCCCCGCGGUGGUCUUCUCCACCGGCGGCUACAGCAGCAACUUCUUCCACGCCGUGACGGACAUCGUCAUCCCUCUCUACAACACGGCGCGGGAGUACGACGGCCGCGUCCAGCUCGUGGUCACCGACUACAGCCGCAAGUGGAUAGCCAAGUACCGGCACGUCCUCGCCACGCUCUCCGCAUACCCGGUCAUCGACUUCGACGCCGACGACGACGUGCGCUGCUUCCCGAAGGUGCACGUCGGCAUCGAGAGCCACAAGGAGCUAGGGAUCAACCCCGUCCUCUCCCACAGGGGCUACACGCUGAUGGACUUCCGGGACUUCCUGCGGUCGGCCUACUCGCUGAAGCGCGCGUGGUCGACGCCCGUCAACCGGACCUCCGGCGGCAGGCCUCGCCUCGUCAUGCUGCUGCGGCGCCACUCGAGGGCGCUCACGAACGAGGCGGAGGCCGUCGCGGCCGCCGCGGAGGUCGGCUUCGAGGUGGUGGCGGCGGGGCCGGAGGCCGUGCGCGACAUGGCCCACUUCGCGGAGGUGGUGAACUCGUGCGACGUGAUGGUGGGCGUGCACGGCGCCGGGCUCACCAACAUGGUCUUCCUCCCGCACAACGGCACGGCGAUGCAGAUCAUCCCGUGGGGCGAGAUGAAGUGGCCGUGCUGGAGCAUCUUCGGCGAGACGGUGCCCGACAUGGGGCUCCGGUACGUCGAGUACGAGGCCACCGCCGAGGAGACGACGCUCAAGGACGUGUACCCGAGGGACCACCCCGUCUUCACCAACCCCGUCUCCAUACACAAGCAGGGAUUCGACCAGCUGUGGAAGAUCUUCCUCGAUGGCCAGAACGUCACCCUUGACAUCAAUCGCUUCCGAGGGUUCAUGCAGCAAAUCUACCAGGACGUCACCGUUACAUAG